UUUUUUUAAUGUUGAACACAUGUUUUGUAGGAAUCAUAUACGAUGUAAUUGUUGAGCCACCCAGUGUAGGAUCUACAACAGAUGAACAUGGUCACACAAGACCUGUAGCAUUUAUGCCAUAUCGUGUAAAUGGACAAUAUAUCAUGGAAGGCUUAGCUUCUAGUUUCUUAUUUACAAUGGGAGGUUUGGGUUUUAUCAUAUUGGAUCAGACUCAUGGUCCAUCAACGCCAAAACUUAACAGAGUUCUUCUGAUAUGUGUUGGAUUUCUCAGCAUACUUGUGUCGUUUGUUGCAUGCUGGAUAUUCAUGAAAAUGAAACUUCCGGGGUAUCUGCAAUCCUAAAUAAAAAUUAUAUUAUGUGAAUUCCAUGAAUAUAUUGUGAACACCAUUUUUAUAUCAUAUUAUAUGGGAUAUCGUUACAAUAUACAAGAUAUUGUAACAAUUAUUGAUUGAUGAUUUUUAUAAUAAAGUGUAAGAAGUAAAACAAAAGAUAAUUUUAAUAUUAUCAUUAAUUAUUAAUAUAGGAUAAGAGACAUAUUACAACUCUCCUUUAAAUAUAUAUAAAUAUAGAUAACAUUAUAAAUAUAAUAUUGUGGAAUUAAGUUUGUAAAUAUCUUUAAAUACAGGUAUGUAUUUUUUAAAUACAUAUUAAACCUAUUAUGCUAAUAUAAAAAAUGAAUUUUCUACAUUCUAAUCAGGACACACCAAGUUGAUACAGUAUUUUCAUAAUGUUGAUUUAAUUAUAUAUUCAUUUUUGUUUGUUACAUAAGAGAUACAAAAAAUAAAUUGUGUGAAGAGGAUUAUUUACUAAUCAAGAUUUGUGUGUGUGCCUCUUCAUUCAUGAAAGUAUUAUAUGUGUAUUAAUAAGAUUACUGUAUAGUGUAUAGCAGUUUUAAUUCAAUCACUAUAUUUGUAUAGUUAUGUUUGUUCUUGCUAUUAUAUAAUUUUAAAUAAAUAAACUUAAUAAAAAA